AUGAGUGCAAUUGUUAAUUUAGAUUUUGAAUAUCUUGGAGCUCAUUUAAACGAUUAUAUACAAGAGGGGAAUUUCUUUGAUGUAUUUGAAGUAGAUGACAUCGAAAGAAUCAUGGAAUAUUCCAAAUUAACGACAAACGAUUUCGUUACUCUUCUCAAGCAGUCUGAAUCUAUUAUAAAUGCAAAUGAAUUAUAUCAAUGCACUCGAAAUGCAAAUGUUUCCAUUUGUAAUGCUCAAGAUGCAAUUUUAAUAUUGCAAACAGUCAGAAAAUACAUGAAUCUGAGAAUAUUUGAUGGAAUUAUUGAUAUUUUAAACCGCAUGCAAAAUGAAACUCGUGAUUGA